AUGCAACGCCAAAUCCCCAACACAUCACCACCAUCUAACCCUCAAGCCCUCAAAUCUCAAACUACCAUAUAUUCAUCUUCCAACCCUACCGUCUUGUCUCCAGCACCAUCUUUUAACUAUGUUUCAAACACCCGUCGAGCCCGACUAACUCUCGCAUUCCCGCUACCUCUCCCACAAUUGCACACGAAAAAAAGACACCGCCCAUACAAAUCCCCCCAAUAUUCUUUCCAAUCCGCUCUUAACUCCCUCCUUCCCUCCGCUCUUCACCGAGAUAAUCAAUGUAAACACCCCCGAUUCCAUUUCACAGAGCGCACGAGAUACGAUGCCAAUCACCACCAACCCAUUUCCUCGCCGAGAACACGGGGACGAAAAGUCCUCAGGGGUACGAAAGUUUCUCAUGUCUACCGGCGUACCUGCUUGCUUGGUUAUCUACCCGCAUAUUCCAUAGCCAAAGGCCAGGUAUUAGGUGUCAAUUCAACCUCAUCACCAUUCAUUCCCUCGCACCGAGAACAUCCGUAUCUCUACAUUUUAACUGAAUCAAUAGCACACUAUCAUGAAGAAUAUGAGCACAUACACCCGCUCGUGGCGUUCACAUCUAUCAAUAGGACGGGAGAGGUGGGAUUAGGUAAUUCGUCUUCUGUAUAUUCAUGUAUUCGUUUGAUUCUGGACUAUGGAGCUAUGGGAUAG